AUGCGGUCUCAGCUUCUUUGCGCCGCUGCGCGCUCCCGGAAGCUCCUGUCGUCCUCUGCAACACGAUCAUUUGCCUCAUCAGCAAGACGACCGGCCGAAGUUGAACUCACAAUAGAUGGAAAGAAAGUGUCAAUAGAAGCUGGGUCGGCCUUGAUCCAAGCUUGUGAAAAGGCCGGUGUUACGAUCCCCAGAUUCUGCUAUCACGAAAAACUCCUCAUUGCCGGUAAUUGUCGUAUGUGCCUUGUCGAAGUUGAACGAGUUCCCAAACCGGUGGCAUCCUGCGCGUGGCCCGUCCAACCCGGUAUGGUUGUCAAAACAAAUUCACCCAUGACACACAAAGCAAGAGAAGGUAUCAUGGAAUUCCUCCUCGCCAACCACCCUCUAGAUUGCCCCAUCUGCGACCAAGGUGGCCAGUGUGAUUUACAGGAUCAAUCAAUGAGAUAUGGUGCAGACAGAGGUCGCUUCCACGAAAUUACUGGCAAGCGUGCGGUGGAGGAUAAAAACAUCGGCCCCUUGAUCAAGACUUCGAUGAACAGAUGUAUUCACUGUACAAGAUGUGUCCGAUUUGCCAACGAAAUUGCUGGAGCCCCGGAAUUGGGAUCUACAGGAAGAGGCAAUGGUCUGGAGAUUGGUACAUACCUCGAAAGAAAUCUGGAUACAGAGUUGUCAGGCAACGUGGCCGACUUGUGUCCAGUUGGUGCGCUGCUGCCCAAGCCUGGCGCUUUCAGCUUCAGACCUUGGGAGCUCACCAAAUUUGAAUCCAUUGACGUUCUGAACGCGAUGGGUUCGAAUAUCAGAGUCGAUGCAAGAGGUCUGGAGGUAAAGAGAAUUCUACCCAGGCUGAACGACGACAUCAACGAAGAAUGGAUUGAUGAUAAGCAGCGAUUCGCCCUGGAUGGAUUGAAGACACAGAGAUUGACAACACCACUCAUCCGAAAAGACGGCCAAUUUCAGCCCGCCACAUGGGAACAGGCUUUGACUGAAAUCGGCAAUGCUUACCACAAGCUUAAGCCUGCGGAGAACGAAUUUAAAGCGAUUGCUGGACACCUCAUGGAGGUCGAAUCGCUAGUCGCUAUGAAGGAUCUUGCCAACAAAUUGAACUCGGAGAACCUUGCUCUUGAUCAACCCCGUGGAAACGAGCCAAUUGCUCAUGGGGUUGAUGUCCGCGCAAACUACCUCUUCAACUCGAAGAUCUUCGGUGUUGAAGACGCAGAUUGCAUGCUCAUCAUCGGCAGCAACCCGAGAUGGGAGGCAGCUGUAUUAAACGCCAGAAUCCGAAAGCAGUGGAUGCGCUCACCGAUUGACAUCGGCUUCAUUGGCGAAGACUUCAAGAGUACCUUCCAGUACAACAAUCUUGGCCAGGACGCCGCCGCCGUGAAGAAGGCUUUGUCGGGAGAAUUUGGCAAGAAGUUGGCUUCUGCGAAGAAGCCCAUGAUCAUCCUCGGUAGCGCCGUUGCUGAACAUCCUGAUGCUGCAUCCAUCUUCGAGACCGUGGGAGCCUUUGUUGAAAAGCACCAAGCCAACUUUAACACCUCCGAGUGGCAAGGCUACAACGUCCUCCAGCGUGCGGCGUCGAGAGCUGGUGCAUACGAAGUUGGCUUCGUCACGCCAUCAAAGAAAGUUGCUGAUACUAAAGCUAAGAUUGUCUGGCUGCUGGGUGCAGAUGAGAUUUCCGAGUCAGACAUUCCCAAGGACGCAUUUGUUGUUUACCAAGGUCACCACGGCGAGACUGGCGCUCAGCUGGCUGAUGUCAUUCUACCUGCAGCUGCCUAUACCGAGAAAUCGGGUACAUAUGUCAACACGGAAGGUCGGGUACAAAUUACUCGCACCGCUGUCUCACUACCUGGCGCCGCCAGAACUGACUGGAAGAUUAUUCGUGCCGCUUCAGAAUUCCUCGGGGUACCUUUACCCUACGACGACCUGGAAGUAUUGAGAGACCGCAUGGAGGAGAUCAGCCCAACGCUCAGACGAUAUGAUCACGUUGAACAGAGCGCUCUCUCGAGUUUGAGCAAGGUUCAACUUGUCGAUGCACACAAGGGAGCCAAGGCGACCAAUGAGCCAUUGAAGAACCCCAUCAAGGACUUUUACCAGACCGAUGUCAUUUCAAGAAGUUCGCCUACCAUGGCCCGUUGCUCUGCAGCCAAGGAGAGCGGCGACCCUAACACAAACUACCUUGCACCCGGCGAGCCCGAGGCUCGAGUUUCCUACGGAUGA